AUGCAAAAACUGCAAAUCUAUGUUUAUAUUUACCUAUUUAUGCUGAUUGUUGCUGGUCCAGUGGAUCUGAAUGAGAACAGCGAGCAAAAGGAAAAUGUGGAAAAAGAGGGGCUGUGUAAUGCAUGUAUGUGGAGACAAAACACUAAAUCCUCAAGACUAGAAGCCAUAAAAAUCCAAAUCCUCAGUAAACUUCGCCUGGAAACAGCUCCUAACAUCAGCAAAGAUGCUAUAAGACAACUUUUGCCCAAAGCUCCUCCACUCCGGGAACUGAUUGAUCAGUACGAUGUCCAGAGAGAUGACAGCAGUGACGGCUCCUUGGAAGAUGAUGAUUACCACGCUACGACGGAAACGGUCAUUACCAUGCCCACAGAGUCUGAUCUUCUAAUGCAAGUGGAAGGAAAACCCAAAUGUUGCUUCUUUAAAUUUAGCUCUAAAAUACAAUACAAUAAAGUAGUAAAGGCCCAACUGUGGAUAUAUCUGAGGCCAGUCAAGACUCCUACAACAGUGUUUGUGCAAAUCCUGAGACUCAUCAAACCCAUGAAAGACGGUACAAGGUAUACUGGAAUCCGAUCUCUGAAACUUGACAUGAACCCAGGCACUGGUAUUUGGCAGAGCAUUGAUGUGAAGACAGUGUUGCAAAAUUGGCUCAAACAACCUGAAUCCAACUUAGGCAUUGAAAUCAAAGCUUUAGAUGAGAAUGGUCAUGAUCUUGCUGUAACCUUCCCAGGACCAGGAGAAGAUGGGCUGAAUCCCUUUUUAGAAGUCAAGGUAACAGACACACCAAAAAGAUCCAGGAGAGAUUUUGGACUCGACUGUGAUGAGCACUCCACAGAAUCUCGAUGCUGUCGUUACCCUCUAACUGUGGAUUUUGAAGCUUUUGGAUGGGAUUGGAUUAUUGCACCUAAAAGAUAUAAGGCCAAUUACUGCUCUGGAGAGUGUGAAUUUGUAUUUUUACAAAAAUAUCCUCAUACCCAUCUUGUGCACCAAGCAAACCCCAGAGGUUCAGCAGGCCCCUGUUGUACUCCCACAAAGAUGUCUCCAAUUAAUAUGCUAUAUUUUAAUGGCAAAGAACAAAUAAUAUAUGGGAAAAUUCCAGCCAUGGUAGUAGAUCGCUGUGGGUGCUCAUGA